GCUUUUUUGUUCCAUCUUGAAUGGCGAUUAUGAGAAGCUUUCUUCUUAUCAUUCUAUCGUCUUCCUUAGGUUCUGCAAUUUCCUGUUCCAAUGGAGGCUGCAAGCUUCUCGAUCCCUGCGCAUCAGAUAGCGAUUGCGAGGAUGGUACCUAUUGCUUCUCUUGUAUCGAUGGGUCAUUUGGUUCGAGAUGUGUUCGGUCUACGAGUACUGAUCAGUUUAAGUUAGUGAAUAAUUCGUUGCCUUUCAAUAAAUAUGCUUAUCUAACUACCCACAACUCUUAUGCAAUUGUUGGAGAACCAAGUCACACAGGAGUUCCAAGAAUCACCUUUACUAACCAAGAGGAUAGUGUUACUCAACAGCUAAAUAAUGGUGUUCGAGCUCUUAUGUUGGAUACAUACGACUUCCAAGAUGAUGUUUGGUUAUGCCAUUCAACAGGUGGAAAAUGUUAUGAUGUUACUGCAUUUGAACCAGCCAUUGAUACUCUCACGGAAAUUGAAGCAUUUCUGUCUGCAAAUCCAUCAGAGAUUGUCACAAUAAUCUUAGAAGAUUAUGUUCAUGCUCCAAAUGGAUUGAAUAAUGUCUUCAAUAGAUCGGGUUUAUUAAAGUUUUGGUUCCCAUUGUCAAGAAUGCCCAAAAAUGGCCAGGAUUGGCCUUUGGUAAGUGACAUGGUUGCUGACAACCAACGUCUUCUUGUCUUUACAUCAAUUAAAUCUAAGCAGGACACAGAAGGGAUUGCUUACCAGUGGAACUUCAUGGUUGAAAACCAGUAUGGAGAUGAUGGAAUGAAAGCUGGUAAUUGCUCAAACCGUGGCGAAUCGUCUCCUCUUACUGACUCAACCAAAUCUCUUGUUUUGGUGAAUUAUUUUCCCUCCAUACCGAUUGAGGCAACAGCAUGUAGACAUAAUUCUGCAGAACUUAUUAAUAUGCUUCAAACUUGCCAUUCAGCAGCAAGCAAUCGGUGGGCAAACUUCGUUGCUGUUGAUUUCUACAAGAGGAGUGAGGGAGGAGGGGCCUUCCAAGCAACUGACAUGCUUAAUGGGAGGCUUAUAUGUGGAUGUGAUGAUGUUCAUGCUUGUGCUGUUUAAGUAACACUUUUUUUUUUCCCAUCACGAGCAUCUACACAUCUAGGAUUGGACUUAAUUUUGACAGAGCAUGAUGUAUUUAUUGUUCUCAAGGACACGAGUUCGUCCUUUCUCAAUUUUAAUUAUAGGUGCAACUAAGAAUAUGAAAAAUGCUACAAUUCUGAAUAAAUUUACAUGUAAGUUGAUUUCAUGUCUGCUGGUUAUGUGGGCAACUGAUGUGACUCCUUUCAAAAGCAACUCAUUAAUGUUGACAUUUUUAUUAUGGCUCCACUUCUGCAUA